AUGUCCGGCGCACACACCCUUCCCGACCUCCCUUACACCUAUGAUGGCCUCGAGCCUUACAUCUCCCGCCAAAUCAUGGAGCUUCAUCACAAAAAGCACCAUCAGACCUAUGUCAACGCUCUCAACGCUGCCGAGCAGGCGUACGCAAAGACCUCCACUCCCAAGGAGCGUAUUGCUCUUCAGGCUGCGUUGAAGUUCAAUGGCGGUGGUCAUAUCAACCAUUCUCUGUUCUGGAAGAACCUUGCGCCUUCCGCUGCUGAGGGCAAAGGACACGGCGGCGAGCUCAAGGCUGGCCCGCUCAAGUCUGCCAUCGAGCAGAAGUGGGGCUCCUUGGACACUCUCAAGAAGGAGUUCAACACUGCUACCGCCGGCAUUCAGGGCUCUGGUUGGGGUUGGCUUGGAUACAGUCCUACGAGCAAGUCGCUUGAGAUUGUCACCACUGCUAACCAGGACCCGCUCCUCACUCAUGUCCCUAUCAUUGGCGUUGACAUUUGGGAGCAUGCGUUCUACCUGCAGUACUUGAACGUCAAAGUCGAUUACCUAAACGCUAUUUGGAACGUCAUUGACUUCCAGGAGGCUGAGAAGCGCUUCGUCGAGGUUUCCGGCGCUAAGCUGUAA